AUGGUCAAGCACGCCCAUCACUCGCCAUCGAGUACUGGAGCGACAGAGUCCAUACUUGCAAAGAGGAAGAAGGUCGAGGAUGACGAUACAAGCGUUCUGCAUUCGAAGAAGCCCCGCACGCGGCUUCUCAUGCGGCGAGUGCCAUCGUCGAAAGCAAAAGCACGCAAAGUCCCUGAACUAUGUAAGGCCUAUACGCCUGGUAAAACAGAUCAGGAUAUAAGUGUCCGACUGUCUAGGCUCGAGCACAUUAUCGAAAUGGCCCUGCCUCAGUAUUUCUCAUCGGGGUCCCAUCCCUCCUCAGUCGGUGGUGACCGUCUUCGCUCCGGCUCAGAAGGUCCAGAUGAAGAUAAUCGCUCAAAUACCGAAGAUCAGGAUCCGAGUGGUGGUACUUUUCAGAGUGGAAAGUGGUACGGCAAUAGUGCAUCUGGAAGCGUUGCACCAGCUUCCGUACUAGAGCAACUUGCAAACGUCGUAGUAGCUUCGUCGCAUCAGGACCACUGGGAUUCAGGUCACCCUACACCUAGUCAUGGACCCACGGGAGCAAACCACAAUAUGACAAAUGGUGUUGGUGAUGCUAAGGGACCCAUGGCUACUCCUUCCAUAAUCGAUUCAGUCAGACAAGAUUCUGAACCAUCUGCGGCUGAUAACCUGAAGAGUCUCGUUCAGGAAUGUGGUGUUUCACCACACAAAAUAUCAGAGCUUCUCCAAGAACUUCCUCCACAAAGAUUCUCAGGUGUACUCAUUGACUACUAUUUUAGCUCCAUUAAUUGGACACGUUAUCCGGUUUCAGAACAGGACUUUCGCGCAGCUUAUUCCUCGAUUUGUAUCAAUGGAGUCGGGGCUAAUCCAAAUGAUGCUCGAUUCUUACCUUUAUUGUUUGUAGUUCUGGCGAUUGCUGUACGUCUUGCACCAGAACAUAUUGCCGGAGACAGUCGCACGAGACGACUAACUUCACUGAGAUACUAUUGGUCAUCUCGUCGAUCUCUUUUGAUUGCAGCUGCAAUACAACCCGACUCUUUAGAUAUAGUUUUAACACGUUUGUUGAGCGCUCGUUUCCUUACGUUUGAUCGUCGUAUAACUGAGUGUUGGAGUCAACUGGGGGCUGCUGUGCGGACGGCUCAGGCUCUUGGACUGCAUCGCGAUGGGGCACCAAUGGGGAUGGACCCAGCGCAGGUCGAGUAUCGCCGGCGUAUCUGGUCUUAUUUGUACCACGCGGACCGUUCCUACGCUCUGGUUCUCGGGAGGCCACAUGCAAUACAGGACGACUAUACUUCCACCUUGCCUCCGUCGAAUAUCGACGAUGAUUCUUCUGUAUCUCAAAUCCGCACCCCGCCCCCUAUCUCUUCCCCGACUUUGAUGACAUUCGUGAUCCUUCGACACAACCUGGCUACUGUCAUCGGACGAAUGGUCCACCACUUUCAACAAGUGCGGACACCGAGUCAUUACUCAGACGUUUUAAGCCUGGAUGAUGAUUUGUUAAAAUUUGUUGGCGCGCUACCUCCACACUUUGCCUUCGAACCUGAUACAUCACUGGAUGACUCCUUGAAGUUUCUGCCCAUCCACAGGUUUCUUCUCAUAACCGAGAUCCUAUUUGUCCGCAUCAGCCUGCAUCGACCUUAUCUGCUCCGCAGGCUCAGCUCCGACCGCUACCUUCGUUCACGCACAGCAUGUUUUGAAUCUGCCAUGAAAGAUUUUGAAGUUCGACAGUCUUUCCGAGAAUCGAUGCCAAAGGAGACUCGUGAUUCACUCAGUAACGCUUACCGAGAAUUCCAGACUGCCAUGAUAAGUGGCAUAUAUCUAGUCCUCGAUCCGUUGGGUAAAGAUGCUAGCACGAUGCACACUAUUCUUGAUGGAUUUUUAAAGGACCAUGAGGGAGUGAGGGAGAUGGACGAGACGACGCGGCGAGAACUGAAGACUAUCGAGUUUUUGAAGAAUAGAGCAUCUCAGAUGCAGGAAGAAGCUAAAACACUCCAAGAAACACUCUCAGUUCCUAGCGAUAGUGUUAUCGACCCACAACUAUCGUCGACAUUCCCAGCCUGUGGUCCACGGAAGCCGAAUACUUUAUCUACACCGCAUACACCAUUCUCAUCUAUGCUAUCUACCACUUCUCCACCCUCGGCCAACAAUACGUCACCGCACAUGUCACCUUCUGUGGCUUAUGCUGCAACUACACAAUUUGCGCAAUCUCCUGCUAUUCAUCGGCUUCAACACACUUCUUCGGUCGAGGCAUCCUUGAAUUCACCUGCAGGAACUAACAGCCCGAGUGGGGAUGAUGAGUCAACAGCCCAGUCCUUGUUGGAUCAUUGGUGUAGCACCUUCAGUAAUGGUAGUACGAUGGAUGGGCCUACUAGCAUGGCUGGAUUGUCGUGGGGUGGAGCAGGUGGUGGCGACUUUUCUGGAUGGGUGGGAGGCGCGGCUCCUCCACUCGGGCCUGACGGUAAUUUAUUAAAUGGUGUGGACAGCUCAGAUUGGAGCUACUGGGAGACGUUGGUCAACCAGAUACAAACGGGACCUGCCGUCUAA